CGACCCGGACAUCUCAUACUCACCAUGCUCAUUUAAUUACUGAUUUAUUACGCGAUUAUAUCAAACGCCGCACGUUUACUUGCCGUUAUUGAAUCAUCAGCUCAAAUCACAUUCACGUGCUCGCAGAUUUUACUGAUGCGGGUAAAGGUUUUAAGAUGGAAUUCUGGAAAUCCGGGCAGCUGUCAUAUCAGUUUAUUGUUAAAUUCAUUUGAUAAUAGACAAUUUUUUUCUGUUUUGUUGUAUUUUUUACCCACACACUCAGUGAUUAAACAUAACGGUUUUAGAAAGUCAUCGACUGGGCGACGUCUUCCUACAGGUCGCUCAAGUUCAUUUUAGCUCUGGGUCAUUGGUUUAACAUUUCUAGCUUUAGAAAAAAAAUUACAUAUAUAUAUUUAAUGUAAAGUACACUUGUCACUCUGGUGUCUGCUCAUGGCAAAUGUGAUACGCUUUUAGUCACGCGAUAACGAAAAAAAAAAUGCGGAUACUCUGGCUGUUGAUUUUUUGGAUCGCCAUUUGUCAAGGACAAUUAAAUUAUGAAGGAAAUCCAUUAACAGAAAAUACCGAGUACACUGCUGAUGAAACACAUUAUCAUGUAAAUUAUGACAGGAGAAAAUUAAAUAAUACGACAGAUCCACACGCACCGGCGACUAUUUAUUUCCAUGAUAAUAAAAACACCUCGAAUAUGUCAAUUAACGUGGGUUUAAAUAAUAAAGCUGGUGAGCAGUCAUCAAAAGCACCUAGUAAUUUACAUGCAAGCUCAGUGGGUACAUUGACGCAUCAAGUGUCUUCAGUAAACCCGUCAAUCAAAGCACACGAUUCUACGUCUACUAUGCAAAUACAAUCACGGCAAUACUCGACAGAUCAAAGUGGUAAUUUUAAUAAAAUGCAAGCCACGUCCCGGCAAAUCGGCUCAUCAUCAGUCAUCUCCAACGAUGCGCUUAGUAAUUUUUUAAAUUCACGAACUCCCGCUGAAUCCCAGUACGCUUUAGAUAAUUACUUGCAGAUGACAUCCUCUCAAGUAGACACACAAGUCAAUCCCGUUAAUGUCGACAGCACUAAAUAUUACCAGGUUUUACCUUCAGCGUCAUCGUCAUCAUCAAUGGACAUUAAUCAGCAAUCAAGUAACGGACAAGUUGACAAUGUAUCUAAUCUACAGUCAGUUACAAGCAUGACAACAAUUUCCGACACACAACCUGAGCCACAAAUUUAUCAAACGUAUCCAUUGUAUCAGCCAACGUUACAGAGUCGCCAUGAUUACAUACCAAGAAUGAGACGACGUCCUUAUUAUCGUAACUCGAUUAGCAGAUAUCGUCAACGUAUACAACCACGUCUAGGUCAUGGUUACAUUGGCAAGGGACCAGGACUAGGUCCUCCGCCGAUUGGACUAGGUCCUGGACCAGUCGGACUGGGACCUGGACCUGGGCCCGUUGGACUAGGACCUGUAGCUACAGGCCCCAUGGGAUUAGGCCCGAUACCUUAUGGGUCCAAGCCCGAAGUGAUUUACACGAAACCACCGGGAGCAAGUCCCGGUUACGCACCAGGAGCGCCAAUAAAUAAUUCUCCAUAUGAAGACGCCAGUGCUCAUUUCUCUGCUCUAAAUCAUCCGCCUCCACCCAAAGACAACGUCUACUACUCUCAACUCUAUGCCCAGUCUUAUGACCCUCAUUACUACAAUUACAUCGCCAAGACGGGGAAAAUAAAGCCCUGGCUCUACGGCAAGAUGGGUCGUCACCCAGAGGAGACGAGUUUCUGGGGCGAGCUGUUCCAGAGUUUUAUGAAACAUGGAAUGAAAAAUAUGAUGAAUCCAAUGUUCCUUCUAGGGCUUUCCAUACCCGCGAUAACACUGAUGCUGUCUGCGAUCGUGCCCAAGCGCUCUUUUGCUAGAUCAUCAAAUAAUUACGGUGAUUAUCUAAGUGAAGAAAAAAUAAACGAGCUUGCGGACAAAGUACGCAAGGCUAUUAAGUGUUACGAGAGUAAUAAAUUCAGUGACAGUAGCAAUUGUUGGUAGUUAUUUUACAUAUUUAUUUAUUUAUUUAUUUAUUACGUGAUUUUAAAGUGCAAUUACUAUAUUUAUUAUCUACGAAUGCAUGUUCCGUGGAGUGAAUUAAUAACUUUAAAUAACCUAUCCAAGUACUGAUUAAAGACAGAGGUUCAGGGUCGUAAACCUUGUGGUCAAUUCGGCGCCAUUAAGACACCAGACCGUUCACCAAUAAAUUACUAUAUAAAAUUAUUUUAAUUAGACAAUUUAAAGCCUAACCUGUGGGUCAUGAGACCCAGACAUUACCUCUACUAUACUCUAGCUUUACCAACU